CAGUGCAGGGAGCACCGCGUACACUCUUCUCCGUUCUCGAAGGAUUCUGUCAUGCGCGGUGCUCGUUCAAAAUAUAUUGCUCGUAAAAAGGGCGCUGUGAUCGGCAUGAAAUUCUGAGGAAAAUUUGGAAAACUCGUUCGACGACAGCCGAGGGUAAAACAGUGGAGAAGAGCGGAGGAGUCAGAAAACGAAGAGAGACGGAAAGAUAUCAAGUUGGCGCAAAAUGCUAACGCGACGGAACAAACGUGGGAGCAGCAGGCUCCGUCCGUGAUUUGCGGAUUGGUGCGUUUGCGACAGUGCGUCAAUGCGAUUGGUGCUGGUUGUGUUAGUGCGAUUCUUCGCCGACGUCGUGCGUCGCUGAUCCCUCCUUGGUUAACUCCUCUGCCUCCUGCCGCACCAUCGGCUCCAGCUACCUACCUGUGUGGAAGCCCGUUCGCGCGUGCGUGUGCCAUUUGGCGGGUUCGUAGAAGUUUGUAUUCCAUUGCGUGAUACACAUUUCUUUUAUUACGAUAAUUCGUGGAUAAGACUUUUUGUCAGUUGACGAUUCGGGCUGGGGACUGUUUAUCAUGGGAUCGUACAUCUUGACUUUUAGUUUAUAGUCGUUGUCAACUAGUUUUAUAGAAGCAUUGGUGUAUCUAUUUGACUCGUUGACUCGCGUAAUACGUGGAUACUGUGUGUCUGUGACACUUGGAUCGAUUGGACUGCACGACUGCUCGGCACGUUGGACUGCCUGUGUAUUGUUUGUGCGUGGAAACGCACGAGGAGAAGACAUCUCGAGCAAGUCUAGAAGAACAGAGAUUCUGUGUAGAAUGCCGAGAAUCUCUCGAACUCUUCUUGCUCUGGCAAUGCUGUUCGCGGCGUUUGCUUUUCACGAUGCAGAAGAUCUGACAGAUCCGGAAGACAUCGCCAAGAUAGCUUCAGUGACGUCGACAGUAUCCUCCACGACGUCAUCGCCGACGUCAUUGGAAGCGUUAUCAAUAUCAACGUCCAGAUCAACAUCAUCGCCUGCAUCAUCAACGCUGUUGACACUGGCGCCAGAUAUAGGCGAAACCUCAUUUAAAACGGAUGCGACGACUGCAAUUACACUCACUACAGUUCAGGCGAAUUUUUCGUCCAAUGUAAACGAGCGGAAUGAAUUUUUCGAAGUAAAAAACACAUUUUGGGAAUGCCCUAAUAUUACCAAUGUUGCCGUAGACUGUUCUUGUGACUUUCCGCAUACGCUCCGAUGUACGGGCGACCGCACGGCGCUUCAGGCUAUCAGCCAGCACCUUAAAAGCAGUCGAGCUGGAAUGAUAUCUCUUUUGGACAUAUCUGUCACAGGAAUAUCUAUACUUCCUGCAUAUUUUCUAGAGGACGUGGCACUUCGUGGUCUCGUUAUUUCUACCGGGGAGUUGUUAAAAGUUAAUGAAAAUGCUUUUAUCGCCCUCGCAAGACCCUUACAAGCUCUUGGGUUACCAAACAACCGUCUGGAUUCCGUUCCCACUGCUGCCUUGGAACAUCUUAUUGGAUUAGAAAGACUAGAUUUGUCUGGUAACCAGCUGAAAACUCUGGAGGCUAACUCUUUCAAGGGUUUAAUAAAUUUGACUCAUCUGGAUCUAUGUGACAAUUUAAUGUCUCAACUCUCACCACAAGCUUUUGCUGCAUUACCGGCUUUACAGUCAUUGAAAAUGCGAGGGAAUCGUCUAAGUGUUUCUGCUCUACCAGCUCUGAGGGGCCUGAAAAACCUGGAGGAGCUUGAUCUCUCAAGUAAUGUACUGAUCGGGCCCAUGGGGCCUACACUACUCCCACAUAUGCCCAAACUUCGCUUUCUCACGGUAUCCCAAAAUGGGCUGAUAAAUGUUCAGCAAGGCGCUCUCAAUGGAGUUCGAAACUUGACUUAUCUCAAGCUCAGUCACAACCAGAUUGAUGUUCUAGAAGACCAUUGCUUCAAACACUUGUCAACAUUAACCAGACUAGAUUUGGCAAAUAACAGAAUUGUUGCCGUCUCCAGUGCAUCCUUGGCGCAUUUAGAAAAAUUGACUACUCUCGAUUUGACGCAUAAUUUCCUAAGAUCGCUAACGGCUGACCUGGUAGUACCACUCAAGAGCCUGGAGGAUCUUCGUCUGGAUGAUAAUGAUAUCACAAUGGUAGCCAAUGAUGUUCCCACAUCCAAACUUCGUUUAAAGCGUCUAUCACUCUCAGACAAUCCAUUGAAUUGUGACUGCACGCUCUUGGAAUUCGCCAACUGGUUAAGUAAUUCCAGUCUAGACGAAGAGGACAAAGCAUCAGCAGUAUGCGCUACUCCGCCAACAUUAGAAAAUGGAAUACUCACCCAAGUAUCACCAGAUAGUUUACUCUGCGGUGAACCAACGCCAACUAUAAUACCGAGGGUCCCAUUAACGGUAGCGCAAUUAAUCUUACAAGAAUUCAAGUACAACGAAGCAGCAGGCGUUAAUUUGAUGUGGCACGUGGAGCCAUGCUUAGAAAGAUACACGUGUGAUACUUUGAAAGUUUAUGAAAUAAUUGGGAACGCAGAUGUCGAGAUUCAAUCUAGUCCUCUUCAAUGCGACUCCACGUUGAUGCAAGAUCCUUGCACACUUCCUGUAGCCAUUUCCUCGUCUUUAGGGCUUCAGCCCAAGCACAAAUAUCGAUACUGCGUUGUCCUUUUGGUGCCUACCGAAUACGACGAAGUGCCUUCUGAUUUGGGUUUAGGAUGCAGUGAAGUCAUCACCCUAGAGGAAGACAAAAAGAUACAAGAGUCCAUUGCUACUUCGACGACUUCUAGGACUUCUCAAACAGAAAUCACUGGCAUUCGUGUUAAUAUUUCUGACCAAGGUUUUCUUCAGGUCGAUCUAACUCUUGCGCAUCUAACAGGCAAGUCAACAGACUGUGAACUUUCGGUGGCAGUCUUUUCCAUGGAGUCACUCGUGCAUAGGAAAAAAUUAAUCUGCUCCCCGGAAGCCUUUGUAACUGUAGCUGAUCUCUUGCCAGGUCGAUACAAAGUCUGCGCUAGCUUAUACAAUGCCAAUACAAAUCUUGGAAAGUCUGAAAUGGACAAAACGAAAUGUGUUGAGGUUCAAGCCUUCCGACAGAAUAUGGAAGUUAUAAUUUUGGCUGCCGCUGCCGUAUCAUGCGCUGUACUGAUUACCGUUGUUCUGAUAGGUCAUAGCGUGAUAAAGAGAUUACGGCAACCGAGAAUUCAAACGCAAUGUUUUCUACCUGCUCAGGAGUUUGAGAUCACUCAUAAAGCACAUUAUAUUAAACUUUUGGCCACGACUAAAGUCUAAUUUGCCAUCUGAUUUGUCAGCCAUAUUUUUGUUAAGACAAUCACGUUAUGCGCGUUAUGUGUCUUUGACGAGAAACCAAAUUUCCUCGUAUCGUAAUCUAUAAUAGAGGUUUAUCCGGUCAAGGAUACCUUAUGCUAACAGUCAUUUUUUUUAAAAAGGACGGAUUUUAAGACUAAUAAGCGAUGCCAUAUUGUUAUUGUGUCUGUCACGCUUUCUUCUCGUCGUACUUACUUAAGGUAUUUUCAAGUUUCGAGUGUUAUAUAUUUAUCUGUUUCGAGAUGUUUCAUGUUCGCUGAGUAUUUAUUCAAUAUUUCCUUUUUUAUUAUCGCGUGAACUCCGUAUGCGAAAAAUUUACAUGUGUUAAUAAGUAUACGCAUAUGGAGAAGCUGUUUUAAAAGCUUCUACGAGUACUCUAAAAGAAUUUAGGUAAAAAAGACUUUUUUAACUAGUUCUCGAAACUCACGAUAGCUGUGAAAAAUCGAGAUUCCUGUAUCAAGGAUUAUAUAGACACUGUGUGUAUGAAUGCAUGUAUGAGUGAUGUGUACGUACGCGCCUGUAUGACACUUAAAAUAGACGUGCCUUGCCUAAUAAACAAUAUAUUUUGCAUACUGUUUGUCAACAUAUUUUACGAUAGAUUUUUUAAUUGCUGUAUUCGGCUAUACAAAAUUUACAAACCAUUGUCUUAACCGAAGCAUAUACUGUAUUGUUUAUUGUGAAGUAACCAGAGGAACGACAUAUAUAUAUAUAUAUAUAUAUAAAUAUAAAUAUAUAUCUGCCAUUUGUAUAUAAAUAGUAUUCUAGUUAAUAACGUUUAAGCGUCAUUUGCAAUUGUUGGAUGUAAAAAUAUUCUAUAACAGCGAUUAUUAAAUGUUUGACUCUUUUAAAUAUU